AUGUCACCCUCCAAGUUACCUUCCAUGGCUUCAGAACCCAUCUCUGUGUCGGUGGAAUACCUUCAGUGGCAGGCUUUGUACGAAACCGAAAUGCCUUUUCUUCGGUUAUUCAAACCACGCCCAGGAACGAAAGAUGACCGAGCUACUAACUUGGUCUUCGAGACUAAGUCAGUCAACCUUCAAGAUAUUCGUGAGCUCAAGACAGCUCCAACACUUGACAGCCAUGGCUUUCAGAUUGUGGAUUCCGGCACCCAAAUCACCGAUUUUCACAACCCAGUGAUUGUGAACGAGGAGUAUCUGGUAGAAUGCGAGAAAUUGCUAAGGGCAACUGUGGCAGAUGCUGAUGAGGUUUUCUGCUUUGAUUGGAGAGUUCGGGACUCUGCCUCACAAAACAAGACCAAGAGUCCAGAAACACCGAGGCAGCAGACAGCUGCUGGGUACAUGAAAAGCGAAGAUGUGGAGAGAGCGCGAGCUUACGAUCCAGAGAACUGUGCAGCCAUGCUGUCACCCGCUUUAUUGGUUCACAUCGGUGGGCGCUGA